CCUCCUGAGGUCCAGGUGCCUUGCUCAAAGCUGGCUUCUAAGGGCGCUGCACUCUUCGCACUCCCCAAGGGGCGUAGAGACGCUCUAGGGAUCGAGAAUGAUCACCGCGCUCGGCUGCGGGAGCCUGGGGAGAGCUCAGAAUCCGGAAGCAACUUUACCCGCGUGUAGAGGUUAGCAAAGAAAGCUGAAGCCUACCUGGGCAGGAUUCCCCUGGCUCUUCUGGCUUAAGACCCUACCGCCUCCGCUCCCUGGCAGCCUGUGUUCUGGGCCUCACCUAGACAAGUCCGAGUGGGAACAAGCCAUCUCUUUCAUCCAUAGCCAUGAAUUUCCUCCGGCGGCGCCUGUCCGACAGCAGUUUCGUGGCCAAUCUGCCUAAUGGCUACAUGACAGACCUGCAGCGCCCAGACAGCUCUACUAGCUCCCCUGCUUCCCCAGCCAUGGAGAGGAGGCACCCCCAGCCCCUGGCAGCCUCCUUCUCCUCUCCAGGAUCCAGCCUCUUUAGCUCCUUCUCCAGUGCCAUGAAGCCGACCUCAGCAGCCCCCUCAGGGCUGAUGGAGCCUCCGGGUCCUUCUGUUCCCAUUGUUCAAAGACCCAGGAUCCUGCUGGUGAUCGAUGAUGCCCACACAGAUUGGGCCAAAUACUUUCAUGGAAAGAAGGUGAAUGGAGAGAUUGAAAUCCGAGUGGAGCAGGCUGAAUUCUCAGAGUUGAACCUAGCUGCCUAUGUUACUGGGGGCUGUAUGGUGGACAUGCAAGUCCUGAGAAAUGGGACCAAGGUUGUGAGAUCCUUCAAGCCAGACUUCAUCCUGGUCCGCCAGCAUGCCUACAGCAUGGCACUGGGCGAAGACUACCGAAGCCUGGUCAUUGGCCUCCAGUAUGGAGGGCUGCCUGCCGUCAACUCCCUCUACUCCGUCUACAACUUCUGCAGCAAGCCCUGGGUGUUCUCUCAGCUCAUUAAGAUCUUCCAUUCUCUGGGUCCUGAGAAGUUCCCACUUGUGGAGCAAACGUUUUUCCCCAACCAUAAGCCAAUGCUCACAGCCCCGCGCUUCCCUGUGGUGGUCAAGCUGGGACACGCCCACGCCGGAAUGGGAAAGAUCAAAGUAGAAAACCAGCAUGACUACCAGGACAUCACCAGCAUGGUGGCGAUGGCCAAAACCUAUGCCACCACCGAGGCCUUCAUUGACUCGAAGUAUGACAUCCGCAUCCAGAAAAUUGGAUCCAACUACAAGGCUUACAUGAGAACCUCCAUCUCUGGAAACUGGAAGGCCAACACGGGCUCUGCCAUGCUGGAGCAGGUGGCCAUGACAGAGAGGUACAGACUGUGGGUGGACAGCUGCUCAGAAAUGUUUGGUGGCCUGGACAUCUGUGCGGUCAAGGCCGUCCACAGCAAGGACGGCAGAGAUUACAUCAUUGAGGUGAUGGACAGCUCAAUGCCCUUGAUUGGAGAGCACGUGGAAGAGGACAGACAGCUGAUGGCCGACCUCGUCGUCUCCAAAAUGAGCCAGCUCCUGAUACCAGGGAGCACAGUGCCCUCGCCCCUGAGGCCUUGGGCUCCACAAAUGAAACCAGCAAAAUCCCCUGGGCCAGCCCAGCUGGGCCCUCCACUCGGACAGCCCCAGCCACGCCCGCCCACACAAGGGGGCCCUCGCCAAACUCAGUCUCCUCAGCCCCCGCGAUCCGGGAGCCCCUCCCAACAGAGGCUCUCCCCACAAGGCCAGCAGCCCCUCAGCCCCCCAUCGGGGUCUCCGCAGCAACAGAGAUCGCCAGGCUCACCACAGCUGUCCCGGGCAUCCAGUGGGAGUUCUCCAAACCAGGCGGCCAAGCCAGGCGCCCCCCUCGCCUCGCAGCCCCGGCCCCCCGUUCAAGGCCGCAGUGCCUCCCAACAGGCAGAAGAGUCCAAGAAGCCAGCACCGCCCCACCCUCAUCUCAACAAAUCCCAGUCCCUGACCACCAGCCUCAGCACAUCCGACACCUCCCAGCGCGGGACCCCAAGUGAAGACGAGGCCAAGGCCGAAACCAUCCGCAACCUGAGGAAGUCCUUUGCCAGCCUGUUCUCUGACUAACCCUGUCUGCGCUGGGUCCGGGGAGCGUCCUGUCACACUCUCCCUCUUCCUGCCUCUCUCCCUUCUCAGCCUUGGUUCCCGAUGGGAACAGAAUGGAGGGCCUGAGAAUAUACUCUCUCAAUGCCUUUGAUCCAGGAACCGAGUAUCUGUAUGUGUUCCCACUUCCCUUUACCAUGACGUUCCAGCAUCAUCAUCCGACCGAGCGGUGGGCCUUUGAGAGCCUCCGGGCUCCUCAAAUCAGACCCUGCGCACCCACGUGCUUGCUUCCCCACCUCAGAUAACCAAGUGAAAUGUCUGUGCGUGGCCAGUUUUCACACUUCUUGUUGGUGUUUUGCUCGCCUUCGGGUGAAGGCCCCCUCCAGGCCUUGCCUCACCUCCAUCAAAUGCAGACGCUGUAGUCAGACCUCAGCAACAUAGGAGGCAAUAAUCUUUUGACCGUGUUUUGCAAACAAAAGGAAAAAAGCCCAGCUACCUACCCACGCUAGCUCCAGCCAGGCUCGAGAGGUCAUCCCUCAGACCAGAAAGGCAAAGGUCCAUCACGUGUGGCCCCCCGUGGGACCUCAAGAACAGUGGAAGGACACCAGAUCCUGUGUGACAAGCGGGGUCUCUCAGAAUACAACAGAAACGGAGAGGAAAUCUUGAAGCACUGCUCGCCCCCAGAUCGGACAGCCAGGAGCCGACCACAGGUUCUUCUACGAACCAUCCCUAGUUCCCAGAGGAAGAUGCCCUCCACUUCCCAAGGAAGGAGUCGGGUCAGGGUUUCUCCACCCAUUCUGCGGUAUCCCACCAAGAACUCUCUGAAUUCCCGCCCGAAAUGCGGUUCCCUCCUCAAGGAUAUACAAGGAACCGGAGAGAAUCAGGAGAUCAAUGACACGGGCUGAGAAAGCGCAGUGGCGGUAACUUCCAGGUUGGCAUUUCACCAAUGGGUUACAGCAAGCCUUUGGUAGGCUACUCAGUUAUGAAAGGGUCCCAUGGUCCAAUAUGUUUGGGAAACACUUUCUAUUUCUUGUUUUGAGAUGGGUAGUACACAUUGCGUGUCAAAGGCUCUCGGAAUUCCAGCAGUAAAGACACGAGAUUGAACCAUGCUUAACCCAGGCUUAUCUGACGGAACAAGUUGGCUGCAGAGCUGGAAAGGCCCCGAUUCCCUUUCUUUCUAAAGCUCUUUCCCUACAUCAGACUGCUUCCCAUGACCAGAUGGGGUGCAGGGCUGCCCCCAAAUCACCACAUGCCCGGUGCUAGAAACAUUGUAGUUGCCAGAACCAGCUUCCUGGCCCUGAGAAGAGCCCAGGACAUUAGAACAUAGCCACCACAUGCUCCCCUUACAGCCUACAUUGCGACUUGAGGCAUGUCUUCCUCUCCCUGGUCACAAAGAAGGAGAGAGGUAACAAUGAAAGUGUCCUUGGCCUGGAGCUACAUUCUGAAUAAAGGAGCAGGGACAAAUUAUAGGGCAAGGUGUGACAUCAUGGAGGCAUGUUUGGGGAGAUCAAGAGCACAGAAAACACCUAAGGCAGCCAUUGCUCUUCUACAUUGGGGAUUAAGAUCAGAAAAAGUCAAGGUUACCUGAUUCUCACUUAGUAAUAAAACACAACUCAAAACGCACAACAGAGUGGCCAUGGGCUGGACAAAGUUUCUCAAAGUGUGGGCACAGCUAGCUUCAAUUCAGAGCAAAGGGGGCAGAAUUCUGGUCAUAAGGCCUGGACCUGAGUCUUUGUCAGUCUUCCCAAGUAUUUUGCAUGCAAUUGUAGUUAGACCAGCAGCCCUGAGCUGAGCUGGGUAGGAAGGCCCCUGCAGGAGGACAGUAUUGGUGUGGGUGCUUUACAGCCGGGGACCCACUCCGCUGAGCAAAACUCCUCAACAGUGGCUCCAUCAACAGCGACUGUGUGGCUUACAUUUUCCCACUUCUCUGUCCCUUGUCCGUAAAAACAUCUCAACAUCCAAGCUAUAACUCCCAGAUGCCCCAACUACAGUGGCACAAUUUUUUUUAUCAAGUCAGGCAUCCUGAUUUUUGUAACCAUGCACACACGAUACGUGACAUGACACUGUUUUAUAACCAGCACAUUUGAGUACAUUUCCCCACUGGUUUGAGUAGAGCCCAAGAGUGGUCUUGCAGAGACCCCCAAAAUGGACUGUUUCCUCACAUAGGCUAGCACAUCUUCCUUCUGAACACUUACCCUUUAAUAGCUGUGACAUUUUUGAGUGGGAAGGGGAAAAAGAAGGGAGGAAAGGAGUCACUCUGUAAAGAUUCUGACAGGUGGUUUGGUUUUUGCUUUGUUUCACAACUUCGACCCGAAGAAAGGCUGGCAUCUUCCUUCCAGGCUGACUCGGUGAGGCUGAAACAUGGGUGCUAAGGGUGGAGCACCAUGAGCAGGGAUUUAAGGGUGCAGCCUCAGGACACUGCCACCAGCCAGAGAAAAUACCUCGGUCCAGGUCUUCCUCCUCCGCCCAUGGAAGACGGAGCUGCAGUUUAGGUAUAAAGCCAGCUUUCCAUCAGAAGCAGAGGAGGAUACUUCCCGUGAUUUGAUGUCCAGCCUUGCCAAACCGUAGUUUUCAUUUAUAAAGAGAAGCGGGGGAAAGGGUAAGCUCCUGUUAAUAAAAAUAACUAGGGGGAAAUGAGAGAGCCACAGAAGGCCGUCGAGAGACUACAAGCCAAUGAAGACCCGCCUCUUACCGAAACGCAGACCACGGCGCUCUGAACGAGCUUGCUUCCACCGCAAUAUCCCAGCGAUGGUCAGAGAUUUGCGCAGUGGACGUGCUGCCAAACCGUGAUUUCAUGCUCAUGACACAUCAGCAAUACAGAAAGCCCCAGGGUCUCAGCCUAAUGAGGAGAACGUAGGGUUUUACAAGCUUCUAAUUUAGCGAUCCAAGAGGGAAACUUUGAGGCUGUUUUAGGAAUUUAGAACUAACUGCUGGAGGACUUAGGUGUAAGGCACACUCUCAGUUAAGGGAUGUGUCACACUGGCCAGGAAGUCCCAGGGAAGGAGCACCCGCAUCCACAGGACACCAGCACUGUUCCCGGGCCUCCCAAGGGCCGUUCAAAAAGGAUAUUUUGCAAACUCACUGUUUUAUAGGAUUUGGUGCUUCCGGUCAUCACUACAUCCUCCCGCUGCACACACACCACACAGUGCAAACCCAACACCGCAGAUGGCCACGGAGGGGCGAAGAGGGAGAAGAGGGUAUACUUGGGCCCACGCAAGCUUCGAGUGAUUCUUUCAGCCCAGACCCAGGCAGAGCCACAUAGCAUCUGGCGGACACUGUCGAGAAAGCUGUCCUAUAGCUCAGAUAUCACAAAACACCACAGGAAGAGAUGUCAAAGCCCCAAGCCUUUGCCUACACACAUUAAGCUACUAACGGUGACAUGGCCUCUAGAAAAUCCUAGCACUGACCCAAUUUUCUUCACUGUGAUGGAAAUAAAGACUCUAUGUGUAGCAAAAAAUAUUUUCACGAGUAUGUAGGCUCAAAAUAUUCUUGCAGCAUAUAACAUUCCAAGCCAUUUCCUUAUAUGCAAAACAGAUUUUUUAAAAAGGAGGAAGAUGUCGGCAAUAUUCCUAAAUAUUGUCUGCAGAUACUAUCUAUUAGUGUUUUAUUCCUGGGUUGUGAUUCAGAUUUUUAUUUGUCACAAUAGCAUGUUUCUAUGUUGUAUGAUAAGACAUUUGUGUUUGGCCUUUUUCUUGUAUGAAGAAUAAAUCUUGAAUUUUGUGUACUUUAAAUCUUAAAAGUAAAAUGUCCUUCCAAUAGUAAGAGGCUACCUUUGAAGAACAAGCACGUAACCAGCACUCAAAGCAGUAACACUUUGUUGAAAGAGGUCAUCUACUUAGAUUACAAAUCAGGUCCCAAGUGUUGCAAACCAAGGGAAAAAAAUCGUAACUCCACUCCAGCAGCAGCCAGAAAUCAGAGGCCUGUAACCCCACAGUCGUCCAAAACGCUGCUUCAGAGCCCAGGAGUUUCACCACAGAGCCUGGGAAGGAGCUGCGGAGAGAGGAGGGGGUUGAGCGGGUGGGUGUCCACACACUCAUCCCUGGCUUGGCUUCUCUUCAUUUUAUAAAUCAGGCUUCUGCAAACAAUUUUGUUUGAGGAAAGGGUGACACUAAAAAAAAUAAUUAAAAACAAAACAAAACAAAAAAUCCAUGCAACAAUCUGAUGACCCUGAAUAGGUUCUGAUCAUUCUGAAACCAAGUAAUGUUGUGAAGCUGUUCUGAAUACUUUAUUCUAUUAUCUUUCUGUAAUAAAAGUCAAGACUGCCAUGUAA